AUGUUGCACCCGACCAAUGCGUUCCGAGACCUUGAUUCAAUUAAACAGAAAGUUGCAGGCAAACGCCCCGUUGUAUUCCUCGACUAUGACGGCACCUUGUCGCCUAUUGUAGACGUACCUGACCAUGCUUUUAUGACGGACGCCAUGCGCACUGCUCUUAUAAAGCUCUCGUCCAAGUUUGUCACAGCAAUUGUCACGGGUCGCUCCACGGAGAAGGUCUACAACUUUGUACAGCUGGACAACCUCGUCUACGCUGGCAGCCAUGGCUUCGAUAUCAAGGGUACCAAGGCACGUCCUAUCAAUUGCCAGGUGGCUGACCACUUUCGUCCCGACCUGGAACAGGCACUGCGUGACUUGACAGCGCAGAUGGCGCAGAUUGCCGGUGCGGAGCUGGAAGACAAUGGACUAGCUUUGUCGGUUCAUUAUCGCCACGUUGAUUUGGGGCUACAGAAUGCCGUUGAACAGAUUGUAGACGACUAUGUGGCAUACCACCCAAGUCUCAUCAAGACAAUGGGCAAGAUGGUGUUUGAACUGCGACCUCGGGUGGAUUGGGACAAGGGUCGUGCUGUCAUGUACAUACUCUCGGAGUUGGGACUGGAUGCAGAGGAUGUUGUACCUUUUUACCUGGGUGACGACGUGAGCGACGAGGACGCUUUCAACGCGUUGAAUGGCCGUGGAAUCGGUCAGGGCAUUUCAAUCAUCGUGCGAGACCCCGAUGCGGUGAGAAUUGAUCUUCCGGGCGGCUCGAAGGAGCUGCCGAUGACGAAGGAGCUACCGAUGACGAAGGCGUCAUACUCUCUUCGCGACACGGUGGAGGUGGAGCAGUUUCUGAUAGAGUUGGCAAAAUUGGAGUGUGUGUGCUAA